UGUAAUUACGCUGUCAGUGUAGAGAGACCGGCAAAAUAUAAAGGAUGCAAGUAAAUAAAUGUGGGCGAAGAGUUGUGGUAACGGGAUUAGGAAUUGUCUGUCCUCUAGGAGUUGGUGUAAAAAAUGCAUGGAAUGCUUUGUUGACUGGAAAAAGUGGAGUAAUAAAAUUAGAGACUCCAGAAUAUAAGACUUUACCCUGUCGAGUUGCUGCACAAAUACCUAGAGGGAAUGAUGCGGGUUCAUUAAAUUUGGAUGAAAAAUUUUCUAAAAGUGAACUGAGAUCCAUGUGCCCGGCAACAGCGUACGCAUUGAUUGCUGCUGAAGAAGCUCUCGAAGAUGCACAGUGGAAACCAACUGAAGAAUCAGAUAAAAGAGAUACUGGAGUCGCUGUAGGUAUUGGAAUGGUUGAUUUAGUUGAUGUUUGUGCCAUGCACGAAGCUAUGAAAAAAAGUUACAGCAAAGUCAGCCCUUACUUUAUACCGAGGAUCCUCCCGAAUAUGGCAGCAGGACAAAUAAGUAUAAAAUAUGGAUUUCGAGGUCCCAAUCAUUCGGUUUCCACUGCAUGCGCUACUGGAGCUCAUGCUAUAGGUGAUUUAACGAGUGACGCUUUUCGUUUUGUAAAAGGAGGAGAAACGAGUGUGAUGGUUUGCGGUGGUGCUGAAGCUUGCAUCAGUCCACUGGCCAUCGCAGCUUUCUGUCGACUACGAGCUCUCAGUACAUCGAAAAAUGAUCAACCCACAGAAGCAUCACGGCCAUUUGAUAAAGACCGCGAUGGAUUUGUGAUGGGUGAGGGUUCGGCUGUUUUGAUUAUUGAAGAAUUAGAGCACGCACUUGGUAGGAAUGCAAAUAUAUAUGCCGAAAUAUUGGGAUACGGAUUGUCUGGUGAUGCUGCGCACCUGACAGCACCAAGUGAGGAUGGUGUUGGUGCUAUUCUAGCAAUGGAUAGAGCUUGCAAAAGCGCUCAAGUUGAUCUUGCAGACAUAACUUAUGUUAAUGCUCAUGCAACUUCAACGCCGAUUGGUGACGCUGUUGAACUGAAGGCUAUUGAUACUCUAUUUGGAGCUUACAGUAAAAAUGUAACAGUAUCGAGUACCAAGGGAGCACAUGGACACUUGUUAGGAGCUGCAGGAAAUCUGGAAAUCGCUUUCACGAUUCUCGCUAUUAAAAAUUCAGUUAUUCCACCCACACUCAAUCUACAUAAUUUAGAUUACUCAGGUCCAUUGCAAUUUGUUCCACUUGUGAAAAAAAAGUGGAGUUCAAUGUCCAGGAGAACUGCAUUGAAAAAUGCAUUUGGAUUUGGUGGUACCAAUGCAUCGUUAUGUUUUACCGAAUUUGUUAGAUAGUUUUUAAAAAUUUUUUAGUUAAAUAAUGAAAUAUUUUUUUAAUCUGUACUGUAAAAUAAUUUCAGAGUGAACCCGAAUUAAGUCCUGAGUAGAUGACAGUGUAUUUAUUUAAUCCUCUUAGAGUAAAAUUCAAUCCGAAGGGGAGUUUAUUUUAGUAUUGAAACUCCAGCUUGGAGCGAAAUUAACUCCUAUAGGGAAUUUAUUUGAAUAUUGAAACUCCGGUUCGUAGUGAAAUUGACUUCUGAAGGAAGUUGAUUUUACUAUUGAAACUGCGGUUUGCUGUGAAAUUGAUUCCUAAAGGAAAUAUAUUUGAAUGAAACUCCGACUCGGAGUGAAAUUAACUCUUAAAGGGAAUUGAUUUGAAUGAAACUCCGGUUCGCAGUGGGAUUGACUCUUAAAGGGAAUUUAUUUGAAUGUAGAAAUUCCGGAUUGUAGUGAAAUUGACUUCUAUAAGAAAUUUAUUCGAAUAUUGAAACUCCGGUUCGAAGUGAAAUUGACUUCUAAAGGGAGUUUAUUUUGCUAUUGAAACUGCGGUUUGCUGUAGAAUUGAUUCCUAAAGGGAAUUUAUUUGAAUGAAACUCCGGUUCGCAGUGGAAUUGACGCCUAUAGGGAAUUUAUUUGAAUAUUGAAGCUCCGGUUCGCAGUGAAAUUUACUUCUGAAAAGUUUAUUUUAAUAUUGAAACUCCGGUUCGAAGUGGAAUUGACUCUUAAAAGGAAUUUAUUUGAAUAUUGAAGCUUCGGUUUGCAGUGUAAUUCACUCCAAAGGGGAAUUUCUUUCAAUAUUAAAACUCUGGUUCGCAGUGGAAUUUACUCCUAAACAGAGAAUAUUUUAAUAUUAAAAUUAUGAAUUGGAGUAAAAUUCAUUCUGAAGGGGAAUUACUUUAAUAUUAAAACUCUGGUUCGCAGUGGAAUUUAUUCCGAAGAAGAUUUUAUUUUAGUAUUAAAAUUCCGAAUCGGAGUAAACGGGAAUUUAAAUAAAAUCCAGAUCACUCCGAAAUCACUCAUCUGAAAAAACAAACUUCUUAUUUACUCUGUAUGCGGAGUGAUUUUUUCUAAAACUCCAGAAUUCUGAUUGACUUCGGAUUCAAAUAAAAUCCAUAAUUACUCUGGAUUCACUCUCGAUUCUUUACAGUGUAAUACUAGAUAUUUAAUAACUUUAUAAAAUUAACAUUAAUUACUAAAAUUAAAAGAAAUACAGAUAGACUGGAAUGUACUUUAUUUAACCAUCAAUAAUUGGCCAUUAUUUUUUUUUUAAUUUGCUUCGUACUUAUUCAUUUUAUUAUACAAUUAUUUAUAUAUAAAUCAAAAUAUCCUAUUUUUUAUUAAAUAUUACGGCAGUUUACACGUAAAAAAAAAACACAACAAAAAAUUACAAAGUGUUUCAAUACAAAGCGUUAAAAUAAAAAAAUUCAUAAAAAUAGAGUAAGAAGAAAUUUAAUUAUUAAAAUUUUUAUUUAAAUCCGCGCCUAUCUAAUUUAUAAUUCAAAUGAUUAUCAACAUUUAGUAGUCAAUUAAUUAAAUUUCUUCCAUAACAUGUCUCCCUGACAAUAACAAUUAUCCAAAAUACAUUUUUUAUCGUCAUUUAAGUUUUCGUUAUUCAUGCGCAGCAUAUACCUGGUCUCAU